AUUCACUCACUGAGUAAAUCAUGACUAGGAAGAUGUUAGUUGAUGAAGAAAUGGACCAAACCAAUCAAGAGGAGGCUCAUUAUGAUUUCGACUUGUUUGUUAUCGGUGCCGGAAGCGGUGGCGUUCGUGCUGCCAGAUUCUCCGCUAACUUUGGAGCUAAGGUUGGGAUUUGCGAGCUCCCGUUUCAUCCAAUCAGUUCAGAAGUCAUUGGAGGAGUUGUGGGACGUAAGUGUGUUAUUCGUGGUUGUGUUCCCAAAAAGAUUUUGGUCUAUGGAGCAGCAUUUGGAGGUGAACUUGAGUUUAUUUCAGGAAGGUUACCAAACUCAAAGAAGUUGAAUUUGGAAGCUGUAGGCGUUGAACUUGAUAACACUGGAGCUGUGAAGGUGGAUGAGUACUCACGCACUAACAUCCCCAGUAUCUGGGCUGUUGGUGAUAUUACAAAUCGGAUGAACCUGACUCCAGUAGCCUUAAUGGAAGGAACUUGCUUUGCGAAAACUGUUUUUGGUGGGGAAUCCAGCAAACCAGACUACACCAAUAUACCUUGUGCGGUUUUUAGCAUCCCUCCACUUUCUGUUGUUGGUCUCAGUGAAGAGCAGGCAAUUGAACAAGCAAAUAGCGAUAUUCUGGUUUUCACAUCAACCUUCAAUCCAAUGAAGAAUACCAUAUCUGGACGGCAAGAAAAGACAGUCAUGAAGUUAGUCGUUGAUCAGGAGACUGAUAAGGUACUCGGGGCAUCUAUGUGUGGGCCAGAUGCACCUGAAAUUAUGCAGGGCAUUGCUGUUGCACUAAAGUGUGGAGCGACUAAGGCACAAUUUGACAGCACGGUGGGGAUUCAUCCUUCGGCCGCCGAGGAGUUUGUGACGAUGCGGUCGGUCUGUUUCAAGGCGCAUCACUGUUAG